AUGCCCCUCAAAGUCGUCAUCUUCGGUGCCGGUCUUGCUGGUCUCGGUGCUGCCAUUGCUCUCACUCGUGCCGGUCAUGAUGUCGAGGUCUUCCUGAAUGAGGUCGGCGCUGCCAUCCACGUGGCGCCUAACGCAACCCGGAUCUUGCGCGACUGGGGCUGCGAUGCUGAAGGCUUGCAAGCCGUCGAGUGCAAGCGUUUGCAGGUCUUGAAUUCGGAUGCAGAGCUCGUUUAUACUCCGAUUUUGACCGAGGAUUGCCAGAAGGCAUUGGGCAUAACCGAUAGCUGGGUCUUGACGCGUCGGGUGGACCUCCACAGUACUCUGCGAGCGACAGAGGCGAAACAUAUCAAGGGCAGGAAGCCGAACAUUCGACUGUGCUCGCGUAUCGCUUCUGUUGAUGCCGAGGCUGGUGUCUUCAUACUCGGGAAUGGGAAGACUGUUACUGGAAAUUUGAUUAUCGGUGCAGAUGGCAUUCACUCCCGAACAGUCAAAGCUGUUACCGGAGAAAAACCACGGAAAGUAAGCACCGGCCAGUACUGCUUCCGGUUUCUAGUGCCCGUCUCCAAGAUGCUAGCUGACCCUGAGACGGCCUCGCUGGUCCGGAAGAUUGGGCUCGACGGCGUCCACGCCAUUGCAUCCGAGGAUCGAAGGCUAGUCGUCUAUCCCAGUCGAGGCGACGACCUGCUCAAAGUGGCAAGAAUCUACCCCGUCGAGCCCGGGUCCACCGUAAAGGAAUUGUCCUGGCUGGACGGCGGCAGCAUGGAGGCGCUACUCAAGGCGUUCGAGUCGUUCAGCUCGGAGUUGCAAGUGAUGUGUCGCAAGGCGGAGGAUCUCAAACUACGGAGCCUGGCGUCGCGCACGCCGCCGGAAACCUUCAUCAAAGGUAAGCUCGCCCUCAUUGGCGACGCAGCGCAUCCUACUCUUCCGCACCAAGAACAAGGCGGUGCACAGUCCUUCGAGAAUGGUGUCGCUCUGGGUGCGUUGUUUACACCCGACACCACUCCCGAGCAGGUAUCGCAAGGACUCGAGCUCUACGACCGUCUCCGUUACGAUCGCGCGAUCACAGUCCUGUUCAUGUCCAAGCUCAAUGUUGAGAGGCGGGGUGAGAUGUUGGACGAGUUACGCCAAUUUGUUCCCGACGCUCAAGUCCCAAAGAGCAUGUUCGAUUACACUUGGAGCUCGUACCCGGCUCGGGAUGCGCAGCGGCUGCUGGGGGAGAGUGGAGUUGCUGCCUAUAUCAAGGGUCUAUGA